AUGAAGAUAUCUGCGCUCCUUAUUGCGGCGCUUGCCAGCAUCCUAUCGAUAACUGCCGACAGUGGAACGUGCAGUGGACCACAAGCUCGGGUCAAGCCGCCGCCUGGUGCUAUCGUUGUCGAUGCGAUGGGUGAUCCCAAGCGCCAGGGCAGCUACCGAACCAUAAAGGAGGGCGUUGCAAAACUCGAUAUUAGCACGGUCAAGCAGCAGACGAUCUUCAUCUUUCCAGGAGUCUACAAGGAGCAGGUGGUCGUUCCGCUCCUUCAAGGCGCUCUCGUGAUCCAAGGCGCCACGUGUGAUGCGACGUCGUACGUCAAGAACCAGGUGACGAUUUCGCACGCGAUGGCGCAGAAACACUUGGCUUCUGGAGUGGUCCGCGAGCGCAAUGCACUGACCAGCACAAUGCGAUUCAGGUCCAACAACGUGAAGGUUUACAAUCUCAACAUCGCCAAUACGGCGGGUCUUGUGGGGCAGGCUGUUGCUGCCAGCGUCGACGGCACAAACUGCAGCUUCUACGGCUGUAACUUCAUAGGAAACCAAGACACUUUGUUGACCACAACUGGCCGCCAGCUGUAUGCGAAGUCACGCAUUAGUGGCACCGUCGACUUCAUUUUCGCGAAGACAGUGAUUCCUUUUACGUCUUCAACCACGCGCGCGUGUACAGCUCCGAUGCCAACGCUUUCAACACAACCUUCCUUGGUCGUCCGUGGCGGUCUUUUUGCUCGCGUCGUGUGGCAAAACAGCGAGCUUGGCCGCGUUGUCAAUCCUGCGGGUUGGUCAAAGUGGAGAAACGACGACCCGACGAAGUUGUACUUCCGAGAGUUCAACAAUUUUGGCCCAGGCGCAGCUACGGGUCAUCGAGCAAACUUCAGCCAACAGUUGAACAAAGCGGUGGACAUCAAGGAACUCUUUGGUAAUAGCUACAAGAGCGAGUGGUGGGUUGACCCAUCGUACCUGUAG